UUUCUGCCAGGGUCGUUUCGAUUGAGCAGAACCUAUGCCCCCCUGGCCAUUCGAGUAGAGCAGAAGGAAAAAGCCAAUAUCAUGUUACAAUCACAAGCAGUAGUUGCUUGUAGGUUAUAACUUUCUGAUUAUCAAAAAGUUCAAGGUUAGUCAAGAAACGAUAGCAAAAACAACUCAGCUUUCGUCAAGAUUCUAAUUCUCACUGAAAAGUCGUGAUUCAACAAAUAUGGCGAGUUCCUGGCUACUCUCCGUCUCUGUUGUGUUCGUUCAAUUGAUCGUCGUGCGGUCGGGAAAUGUUGUUCCUAUGCUACUUUGGUCUGGAGACGCAUCCCAUGACCUCAUUAAUCCUCUGCACAAAACUUCAAGGACAGAAUUUGAGAAGGUUCUGACUGAGCGAGUGGCUAAGACUCAACCACCUAUAAUGGUCUUCGUCAAAGAGAAUUUCUGUGUUGAGGAAAUUAAGUAUCACAAAGAGAGCUUGCAACAACUGAACAAUGCUAGAUCACUGACUUAUUUAGCAUAAGUGGAAUCGGUUAUAUCGACUUUUGAAAACCUACCAAAUUACAACGUAACUGUGGAAGACGAUUUUGAAACAGUCGUCGAUGGUUAAUUGGUAGAAGUACCGAUCAACGAUAUCGAUGCCAUUCCCGACGUGUACAAUGUGAUUUUAGAAUCCAGUCCAAAUCUUGUAAUCGCUUUAACUGGAAAAUCCUGCAGCUAUUCAUCUUCGGAACGUAUCAAGAGAGCAGCAGACGACCCAAAAGCAGAUUCGGAUUCGUGGAUCGUAGCUACAGACGGAAAAAUUCUGCUGUAUGCCGAAAAGAAGCCUAUGUUGAAGAUUAACGGUAUGGAAUAUGAGUUGAAGACGUUGCUAAGUUCGUCAAUAAAGAAACUUGAGAAGAACCGCACAGAAGUGCAAAUGAAUUUUGCGUUAGAUAAAUUGGGAACUGUAGUUUUGGUAGCUGAUUUCAAUGUUUUGAACGGAUACGUUAAGUUAGUAGAUAUUACUUAUGCCGUAGAAAACAAAUCAGAUAAUCCAAUAGUCCUGAAGAGUAAAACUAAUAUCGAAUUCCCAACUACUAAUUUCUCGUACCACUACAGCAACAGUAUUCUCUUUUCUUACGUAUAUUCAGAUCCAGAUAAAAAAGUUUUGAAUAUGAUCGUGUUGAACCUCACUGAUAUACAAGUACAACUAAAUACAACUGUUUUUGGUGACGCUUACGAUUGCGUUGGUUUCACGACGGUACCCGUUUGGAUGAGACUUUUUGUUACGUUUAUUUUAGGACUUAUUAUGACAUGGAGUAUAUGGAUGAUUAUGGACAUUCGCACAAUGGAUCGCUUCGAUGAUCCUAAAGGAAAAACUAUAACCGUUACUGCUCAGGAGUGAGAUAUUUGACAGUUUGAAAUGACGGUACUUUGUUUUGUUAACUACGUUUCAAUUAGAAGCUUUUAACUGUCACAAAAACGCAUAUAAUUUUGUUCUCUCUGAAAGAUCGCUCACUGACGUUCAGAUUCAAGAAUGUAAUA